CCACAAUCCUCGUAUAGAAGUACCCCAGGCCUACGUCUAGGCUGGCUGUCCUUUUGAGAAGCCAGGGCAACAAUGACAAAUUUCCACUUAAAUCAUUACAAGGACCUUCUGCACCAGGGCCAUCGUGACAGGAUGUCCACGCAGAGCUCAUAUUUGAAGCCAAGCAUGGUCUUACGAGGCUUUGGUUUUCUAGGUGUUAACGACCACUACCCUUUAACCUCCACUGAAGUAAAUUCAGGUCUAGUGUGGUGCAAUCCUUUUAAUCCCAGCAGGGUGCAUAGGAAGGUGGAUCUUCAACACCAACCUAGUCAACAGAGUUCCAGACCAGCUGGGGCCACACACUGAGACCCUGUUUCAACAAAAAGUCAAUUCCUGGUGCUGGAGAGCCUGCUCAGUGGUUAACCAAGGACACUGCCCUGUGCGGGGGCUGGCCUGCGGUUCCCAGCACCCACUGCUCUGUGCGGGGACUGGCCUAGGGUUCCCAGCUCCCACUGCCCUGUGCGGGGGCUGGACUGCGGUUCCCAGCACCCAUGGUGACUGGUUCACAACUGCUUUUCACUCCAGCCCCACUCGCCCCACAGCACCCGAGGGCGCUGUGGUCACUGCUCAGGCACACGCAUUAACAUAAUCCAAAACAAAAGUCUAGGGGCUGGAGAGAGACAUGGCUCUGGGUAAGGAUGCGCUGCCCUUGCAAAAGACAAGGAUUCGGUAGCUGCCUUCUCAGCAUUUCUGGUGGGUGGGUCCGGUUUUCUCGUAACUCUAGCACCCUCUUCUGGCUUCUGCAGGCACCUGCAAACCUGUAGUAUUUUAAGUAAAACACUGGAGGAAAACAGGAAUAGGGCUAUUUUCCCCCCUGUGGGAGGGGCAUGAGGGUGGGAUAAGGUCUUGCUAUGUGUAGCUCUGGCUUUCCUGGAACUCACCAGGUGAACGAGAGAUCACCGGCCUCUCCACAAAAACUGAGAUUAAAGGCGCAUGCCUAUAUCUGGCUCACUCUUUUUUGUUUUCGUUUUUUGAGACGGUUUCUCAGUGCAGCCCUGGCUGUCCUGGAAACUCGCUCUGUAGACCAGGCUGGCCUGGAACUCAGUGACCCACCUGCUUCUGUCUCCCGAGUGCUGGGAUUAAAGGCGCGUGCCACCACACCCUCCUCUGACUCACUUUUUUUUUUAAAGAAUGGCACUUCCUCUGCCUACUCUACAUUCCUGUUGCACUAAUGAAGCCCCCGUUGCAAUCAGAGAUAAAACAGCUUAACUGCAGCGGCUUUACACACCCCCACCCACCCGAUUCCCACGGCUCUGGGAUGAUCUGACACCAUUUGAUUUGGGCAACCCCAUUUUUCUGUAUGUUGAAUAUCUUCAAACGUGCUUCACCUGUCCUACCCUAGGGAUCCUGCCCCAUGCAACCAUAUUGACCGGGAAGUCCCUGUGGUCUGGAAUCCCCACGCAUGCUACGCCUCGCGUCACUGGGAUAUGGGGGCGGGGCGCGACCAGAUUAAAGAGCCCAUGGACUUCCAAGCAGGAUUGAUUCUCCAGGGUCUUGGCGAAGGCGCCGAGUCUCCGGAUUUAGACCUUAAGAAUGGAGAAGCACCAGAGAAUCGGUAAAAAAAGAGACCGAAGUGACAUCAAAAGCUGUCUCGGCGUGACUUGCCUCUACCGUGAGACUGCAUCCUUCUACCUACUUUCCGCGUUGUCAGGCCCUCUCAGAUCCUAGUUCUUUGCCCUAAGACACGCAUCGCGCACCGGCCGCGUGGUCCGUGCGGGGACAGGGGGCGGGGCGAGGACAAGUGACGCAACCGUUACCAUAGGAACUCGCCGCCUGCUCCGGCGCAGCAGCUGAAGCUGAGCUGCAUCCCGCCCCGGCCGUCCCUGAGAGCCGUGCUGCCGGGCCCCGGGCCCGCAAAGCGGGCGCGGCCUCCAAAGCCGCGAGGGAGAGGACCAGCGCGGGGUGACUGCAGCACUGGCCCCGGCCGUCCCCGGCCCUGCCCCCGCGCCGCUCCUCCUCCGCGCCUCCGAACCCGGGCCCGCGCCUGCUUUCGAUCCCGCCGCGACCCGGGCGCGCUUCGUCGCCUCCACAGCCGCCGUUGCCUCGGCCUCCGCCUCCGCUCCCGCCGCGACCCCAACCGGGAGCGCGACCUGAGUCCCCGCCCCGCCCCCGGGCUAACUUCUGCCCAGGCCGGGACCCGGCGCCAGCCCCCCACCCCCCGAGGCCCAGCCGUGGGCACCAUGCUGCCUAGCUCCAUCCAGAUUUCGGGGGAGCCGCUGUCAGGCGCCGAGGUGCGGGACAUCUGCCGCGGCCUGCGCGACAACGCGGUGCGCCUACUCUCGCUGCGCGGCUGUCGCCUGUGCGACCGCGACUUCGGCCGCAUCUGCCGGGCCCUAGCUGGAGCCACGUCCCUGGCGCAGCUCAACCUUAACCUGGGCGUCGUGUCUAGCCCCAGCCGCAUCAAGCAGCUAGCAGAAGCGCUACGGACCAACCGCUCCAUCCAGUCCCUCUUCCUACAUGGGAGCCCACUGACAGAUGCGGGACUGGCCUUGCUGAACCCAGCCCUGGCUCUGCACCCUGCCCUUGUGGCUCUUGACCUGGGGGACUGCAUGUUGGGUGAUGAAGCCAUCAACCUCAUCUGUGGCCUCCUCCCUCCAGACGGAGCCAAGUCUGGUCUGAAGGAGCUAACACUGAGCGCCAACCCUGGCAUCACCCCUAAGGGCUGGAGCCGCCUUGCCAUUGCUGUGGCCCACAGCUCCCAAGUCCGCGUCCUCAACCUGGACUACAACCCCCUGGGUGACCAUGUGGCAGGGAUGCUGGCUGUAGCUGUGGCCUCAAGCCGUACCCUAGAAGUCCUAGACUUGGAGGGCACAGGGCUCACCAACCAGUCAGCUCAGACCCUGCUCGACAUGGUAGAAAAUUACCCAACAGCUUUGCGGAGCCUGGUGUUGGCUGAGAACAGCAUUAGCCCAGAGCUACAACAGCAGAUCUGCGACCUCCUGUCUGAGGGGGAGGAGGAGGAAGAGAUGGCAGGAGGGGCUGCUGACACCCAGGAGUGGGGACGAGAGCGGGAGCCUGCUGCCCACCAGCGGGGUGGCAGCUCCUGGGUGUGCCCCAGCGGUACAGACCCACAGCGCGAACAUCCCAGUUCUCAGAUGGUGCUAAUGACAUCAGGACUAGGGGACAGUCUGUUGGCUGAGACCGAGAUGUGACUCUCCACUUGGACUUCUGCAUAUCACUCCAUUUGUCUGUGUCCCCACUACCUUCCUCCACAGGGCAGGGAAAGGCCCUGGCUGGGGCUCUGGCAGCUCCUGGUAGUGGUACGAGGCUCUGGAAGCUGUCACUGGGCAACAGCCUUGAGGGGUGGCGGGGGCCGUGAACCCAGGGUACUGAGGUACUGACAUUGAACUUGUUGGCAGCUCUGGCUGCAACCCGCUGGCUCGGAACAGAUUUUAUA